GCUGGGCUGGCCGCUGGGCCGCAGACUGGAGCCAAGCUGGGUCUGAGGACUGUUCGGCUGGAAGUUAUUUGUUGAUCGCCGAUCUCCCCCAUCAGCUCCAAGAGUAGAUGUCUGUCCUGCUCACCGUGGUCUCCCCAGUUCCUAGGUCAGGGCCUGCACCUUGUGGGUGCCCUACAGACAUGCUAGAGUGAGGGAGUGCUUUUCCCUGGGCUCCCUGUUGUCCCUCAUCUCCAACAUCCCCGUUGGAGAACCUGCAGAUCGAAAGAGAAUUCAAAGACCUCUCAACCAACGCACACGCGCAGAUCCGAUCUGCAUCCUGGUUCAAACUGUUAGAAACCCCAAAUCACUGACAGCAAAACCAGCCAUUUAUCCAGCUUAAUGAGAGGGAUGGAAAGGUGAACAAUCACCAGCUAGAAUGUGAGCUCUGGCCAAGCAGGGGCUGCUUCUGACUUGGGCACUCCUGGGUCGCCAAACCUGGAACCGCCUGGCACAUGGCUGCUGGAAUGGAGAGCCCCCUGGCAGACUGUGCUCAGGGUGGGCAUUUCCAUGUGGUCACCCCUCUGCUGGAGAGCCGGGCACUAUCCCAGGUGGCAGGCACGACCGUCUUCCUCAAGUGUGAGAACGUGCGGCCGGCCGGCUCCUUCAGGAUCCGGGCCAUUGGGCAUUUCUGCCAGGAGGCGGUCAAGAGCGGAUGCAGACACUUGGUGUGCUCCUCAGGGGGCAACGCAGGCAUUGCUGCUGCUUAUGCCGCUCGGAAGCUGGGCAUCCCUGCCACCAUUGUGCUCCCUGAGGGCACCUCCCCGCACGUGGUGAGGAGGCUGCAGGGGGAGGGGGCUGAAGUCCAGCUGGCUGGAAAGGUCUGGGACGAGGCCAGCCUGAAGGCACAAGAGUUGGCCAAGAGGGAUGGUUGGGUGAACGUCCCUCCGUUUGACCACCCCCUGAUCUGGGAAGGCCAUGCCAGCCUGGUGCGAGAGCUGAAGGCAGCACUGGGGACCCCACCGGGGGCCCUGGUGCUGGCAGUAGGCGGUGGAGGGCUCCUAGCUGGGGUGGCAGCUGGCCUCAUAGAGGUGGGCUGGCAGCAUGUGCCCAUCAUCACAGCAGAGACCCAAGGGGCACACUGUUUCAAUGCAGCCAUCAAGGCAGGCAAGCUAGUCACACUGCCAGACAUCACCAGUGUGGCCAAGAGCCUGGGUGCCAAGACUGUGGCCAGGAGGGCCCUGGAGUGCACGAAGGAGCUGGAGAUCUUCUCUGAGGUAGUGGACGAUGCCCAGGCCGUGAGUGCUGUGCAGAAGUUCCUGGACGACGAGCGCAUGUUGGUGGAGCCUGCCUGCGGGGCAGCUCUGGCUGUCAUCUACUCAGGCCUCCUGGGGAGGCUCCAGGCUGAGGGCCGCCUGAACCCCUCCCUGGCCUCGGUCGUGGUCAUUGUGUGUGGAGGCAACAACAUCAACAGUCAAGGGCUGCAGGCCCUGAAAACCCAGCUGGGGCAGAGCUGAGGGCCCCUCCUCCGGACGGACACACCCGCAGGUGGCCGAGGGGCCUCUGGGCUCAUGGAUGGUGCAGCCGCCUCCUACAGGAAGCCCUCCUGCUCCCUGUGACUCCCCGCAGCCCUGGCCAAUAAAACCUUUCUGAGUUGAA